CCUCCCAGACAAAGAGCGACUCCUGCAUCUCCAUCUCACCCUCUCCUUCGCCCACUUCCUCAGCCCUCCUGGCUUCACCUUGCACAAUAGACUUCCCCUCUGAACACCGGCCUGAGGGGAAAAGGAGGGGGGAGAUACGGUUUCUCUGCAACAAUGGAAAUUCAAUCAGGAAAUGGAGAGGAGGUGGCGAGCGCCGUGUCAGCGACCUCGGGCUUCGUUUCCCGUUGUCACUCUGGGCCUCGGGUCGAGCCGUCAGGAGAUUCAGUGCUGAAGGAGGAUCUGCAAGCAGCUAAGAGGAUAGAGCGGUUCGACAUUCCACUUGAUAGCCUGAAGAGGAUGUUUGAGAAGCCCGCUGGUCCAAACUCAGAAGUGUCGACGGUCAGUCUGUCAAAAAGAUCAAGAAGUCAAACUAAAGACCAGACCAUGGCCUCAUCUCAGGAGAUAGCUGCGGGCAGCGCAGACUCAGCGUCAGGCCUUUCGGGAGAAGGAUCCAACCAGCACUCCAGGCCCCCCCACGUGGUCGACGACCCGGAGUCGGUGUCACUGAAAGACCGUCUGGCAAUGUAUCAGGCAGCAGUGUCCAGCAAAGAGUCCGGCAGUUCCUCGUCUGCACUGAUGAUGGAGGAGUCGGAGGCGUGUUCGCUCCCUGGGGGCCUUGCCAGUGUAAAGAAACAAUUUGAGAACCAGGAGUUUGUCUCCUCGUCUUCCCAGUCCAGCUCAACCCAGUACCAUUUCCAGCAGAGAUCCGUCCAGGAGAUUUCCAGCUCAUCGGAGGUGACAGUGAGGAGCAGUGUGAGGGAAGUCGUGCCGACUACAGCCAUUUUUCACGAUCAGCAUGAGGUAAUCUACGAUCAAAGCAUCCACAACACCAAUUUAGCUGCCAGUCAUGGAAGCCAUUACAACCAAACAGUUAUGCUUGUCGGGGGAGAGGACCUACCAAAGGUUUCCACACAGGCUUUGAAGCAGCAGUAUGAGAAAACAAUUGAGGAGGCAGCGCCGGCGAGGGAAAUUAAGGUUGAUGUGGAUUUCAACCAGUUCCAGUGGACACCAGUGAACCAGUCAUCCAAAGUUUCCACAGUUACAAGUCACGAAAGGUCUGCUGUACAAUCUGCCUCGACAUCAGUGUCCGCAGCAACGGAGUCGCGUGGGUCAACAGAUUAUUUUCCACCUCCGCCCAUGAAUGUUGAACUAUCGCAGGACGUUUCUCAUCAUACAGCUGGCCAGCAAAAGUUCAGCGCUCACAAAGAGCAGUACUUUACGAACAAGAGCAUGGCUGAGCUCAAGCGUCUGUACAAGCACAUUCAUCCUGAGGUGCGCAAAAACCUUGAGGAAGACUUUUUAAACCAGCUCAGCGAGGCAGAAAUAAAGCAAUUGGAAAGCGAGGAAGUGGUGGGAGAUGUCCAGCAAGCCUGCUUCCUGUUCGAGAACGAUGGCAACAGCCACAGCGAGUGUUCCAGCCCUGACAGGGAGUCUGUGGAGUGGGAUGAGAUACUCAGAGGAGAAGUGGAGUCCAGGCGCUGGAUGUUUGAGAACAAGCCAUUAGAUACAAUUAAGGAUGACACGCCAGAUGAAGAUGAGGACACCAAACUUGCACAACAGGAAAUCAUCGCUGGAAAAGAUGUCAGGUACACAGCUUGGAUGUUCGAGACUCAACCGAUGGAUGCGUUAGGGACCGAGGACGGUGGAGGUAGUGAUCACUCCAAAAACACAGCUGAUCUCGCUCGAGGCGAUGUCCGCACUGCCACUUGGCUCUUUGAGACUCAGCCUUUGGAUUACCUGAAUAAGAUUUAUCAAGAAGAUGAGGCAGAUGCAGAAGCUGUCGUCACAAAAGACAUCACCGGGGGUGAUGUUAAAACAGCGAGAUAUCUGUUCGAGACGCAGCAUUUGGAUUCUCUGGGCAAGACUGAAACCAUUGAGGAGAGCCGCAUUCUGAGCCUCAAGUCCGAGCGGGAAGAGAACAGAGGGGAUGUGAAGACGACCACACGCAUGUUUGAGACGCAGCCCAUGUGUGUCAUCAGAGGCGAUUCAGGAGAGAUGCUGGAGAUCACCACCAUCAGCAGGGAAGAGACAGAAAAGGGGGACGUGAAGACGUCUCGCUGGAUGUUUGAAACCCAACCUCUGGAUAUGAUCAACAAAGACCCAGCACAAGUCAAGCUCAUAUGUGGCAUCUCAAUAGAUGAAAGCGUGCAAGGUGGCGUCAACAAAGGAUGCUGGCUGUUUGAAACAAAGACACUGGACACCAUUAAGGAUGAAGAAUGGGAAAGCUCCAGGUGGCAGAAGGAAGAAAUCAUCGGUGCUGACGUAAGGAAACACUGCUUAGUUUUUGAGACUCAGCCGAUGGAUACUUUGAAAGACAAUGACAACGCACGACCAUUGCCUUCUGAAGAGAUCGUCGGCGGUGAUGUGCAAACUGCAAAGCAUCUCUUUGAAACGGUGCCUAUGGAAAACCUGAAGGAACUCAGUGAAGUGGGAAAACUUCAGAAAAUGGUUGCGUCUGAAGAGGAAAGGGGAGAUGUGAGGCAUCAGAAGUGGGUUUUUGAAAGCCAGCCGCUGGAAAAUAUAAGAGAGGAGAAAAAGAAAAUCACAAGAACUGUGAACAUUGAAGAUCUCGACAAAGGCGAUGUGUCAAAUUACAAAGAAAGAUUUGAAAGUAUGGACUUAAGCAAAUGCGAGGAAACCCAAAAGAUUCAAGUGGAGGGUGUCACCAGUGGAUCUGUCAGAUCCAACACAGUUCUCUUCGAAUCGACUCCUAUGUAUGCCAUGCAAGACAGCUCUGGCCAUUACCACGAGGUGAAGACUGUAAGGCGAGAGGAGAUCGUAAAGGGAGACGUGCGAAGCUGUAGGUGGAUGUUUGAGACCCGACCCAUCGACGAGUUUGACGAGAGCAUUGACAAGUUUCAGAUCAUUAAAGGCAUAUCUAAGCAGGAGAUUGAGUCAGGGGAUGUCAAAACAGCUAAGUGGUUGUUUGAGACUCAGCAGCUUGAUGCCAUCAAAUAUUUCAAUAGUUCGGAGGUGGAAGAAAACAGCGUGAAGACAGACAUUGAAAUUCAAAAGGGAGACGUUAAAACUUGCAGGUGGUUGUUCGAAACGCAACCAAUGGAUGUUUUGUACGAAAAGGUGGAAAGGAGCGAGUCAGAUGUCGAAGAGGUGCACAAAGGGGAUGUCAAAACAUGCACUUGGCUCUUCGAGACUCAGACACUAGACAACAUACGGGAUCAUUCCGAGUCUGAGUCAGAGACCAUUUUGAGGACUUGUACAGUGAAACAAGAGGACAUCCAAGGAAAGGACGUGCGUCUUGCCCGUUUCCUUUUUGAAACAGAGAACCUUGAAAACAUUGGAAGUGAGGACAGUGAGUCUUUUAGAAGAGUGACUGAAAUUGAUAUUCACUCGGGAGAUGUUUCUAGGAUGAAAUACAUCUUUGAGAACCAGUCGUCAGACAUAAUGAGCUCCACUUCCAAGGAAACAAUGCAGAAGUUAAAAACACAACAAGCUGAAGACAUCCAGAGAGGGAAUGUGGUCAAUUGCACCUGGAUGUUUGAAAAUCACCCCAUCGAUUCCAUUCAAGAUGAAUCCCAUGAGCUCCGAGAAAUCCGUACAGUGACUGACAUUCAAGGAGGUGAUGUUGACAAAGGCCGCUUCAUUUUUGAAACCUUCUCCUUAGACAGGAUUAAAGAGGCAUCCACAGAGACUGAGAUUUCCAACCUCACCAGCACUAUCAGAAGCGAAAUAGAGAAAGGAGACGUCAAAAAUUACACCAUGAUGUUUGAGACGCAGCCACUUUAUGCCAUUCGUGACAAAGACGGACACUACCAUGAAGUCACCACAGUGACCAAGGAAGAGGUUUUGCGAGGAGAUGUGGUUGGAGCCCGAUGGCUCUUUGAAACAAAACCUUUGGAUUGCAUCCGUGAUUCGGAGGAAGUUUACAUCAUCAAAGCUGUCACCGAAGAAGACAUUAAUAAAGGGGAUGUAAGUUCUGCAAGGUGGAAGUUUGAAACGCAACCUCUGGAUAAAAUCACAGAAGAGAUCAAAGUCAUGUCAAAAACUGUUGCAGAUGUCCAAGGCGGUGACGUGAAAACAAACAAACAUCGAUUUGAGACUGAUGAAAUGUCUCAAAAAUUAAUCCGAACGGUGAGUGUGAGUGAAAUUCAAAAAGGUGACGUAAGAUCUGCAACAUGGAUGUUUGAAACACGCACAAUAGACGAGAUCCACGGUGAAGGCACGGAGUAUGACGGAAUGGAAAGAGUGACUAAGGAGGAAGUGAUGAAAGGGGAUGUCAAGCAAUCUGUCUGGCUCUUUGAGAAGCAACCGCUUGACACUAUCAAAGAAACGGAUGGCACUGAGCUCAUCGUCACCAAAGAGGAAAUACCAAAAGCUGAUGUCAGGACUACAACGUGGUUGUUUGAGAGAACUCCUUUUGAUGAAUUUAAUGAGAGCACCGUGGAGAAGAAAGAGAUUAUUGGUAAAAGUAUUAAGGAGACGCUUGAGGAACUUUACUGUCAGAAAAUGGUUAACUCACAAGGAAUCCUCAUCGAGGCAGAUGAAAUCGGAGACGUUCGCAUGGCAAAAUACAAACUGAUGAACCAGGACAGCCCACAGAUACAAAAGGAAGAAAUUAUUAGAGGAGAUUUGAGCAACAUCAUGAUGAACCUUCUGAACCGGAGAGAGACGACAGAGCGAGGGAUAACCAUUGAUGAGGAGGAGCGGGGGAACAUCAACACCACAUUGGAGCAGCUCCUCAACCAGGAAAAGGGUUUAAGCGUUGAGAAAGAGGAAGUAGUCCGUGGUGACAUUCAGGAGGCCAUUAAUAACCUGCUGAAGAGCGAAGGUUCCUCUAAGAGUGGCAUCCUGAUUCAGGAAGAUGAGAAAGGAGAUGUGAGGAUGACUAUAUAUUCCCUCUUAAACAAAGAAGAGGGUGCAAGCAUGGCGAAAGAGGAAAUUAUACAAGGUAACGUUAGCAAGACACUCCACCGACUUCUUUCCAACGCAGGAGACGAUGCCACCAAAAGGAUCAGGGUUGGAGAUUCCGAGAGGGGCAACGUCAGUUUUUACACCACGUGCAUCGAGUCUGGAGCCUUAGAUUAUCUGAGGCAACUUCAGUAUGAAUCAGGUGAAUCUGUGGAAGUGUUGAAAAAGGAGCAGAUCAUCGGUGGUGACAUCGAGGAAACCAAAAUUCUACUGCGGAAAAAUCAACAGGAGAUCGGCCGCACAGUGGCAGAGGAAGACAUAGUCCCUGGGGAUGUGGGUAGCAUUGUGAAGGACUUCAUGACGGAGCCGACUGUGACUUACAGAAACCUGGAGAAAAAUGAUAUUGUUAAGGGCGACGUCAAUGCAGCUUUGGAUUCACUGUCUCAAGCCAUCAAUCAAAAAGUGGUGAUGGAGAAGGAGGAGGUGGUGAAAGGGGACAUUAGCACAACCUUAAAAUAUCUAGAGGAGGCUCAGCACCAAUCCAGAGAGUUAGAGAGGCCUGAAAUUGUCAGGGGAGACAUUCAAGGUGCUCUGCAGUCAUUGGAGAGAUCUGUAACGAUGAAAACAGAAGUAACUGUUGAUGAUCUGGUGCCAGGUGACAUCAAAGGGACGCUGAAGUCCCUGGAGGAGGCUAAGCAAGCAGUGAAAGAGGUGGAAAAAGAGGAGAUUGUCCAUGGAGACAUUCACACAGCAAUGCUGUGUUUACAUGAAGCCUCCAGCGAGAAGAGGACCUAUCAGCAUCAAGUGAGCGAACAGGGGGACGUUAAAGCCACCAUUCAGAUGUUCCUGGAGCCCACAAAUUCUCCACGAAUGCGGCGCAGGGGGAGCAUUGAAGGAGAUGUGAAAACAUCUAUUAAAUCUCUGUACGAGGGCCAGGAAACCACACAGGUGGAAAAAGAAGAAGUGGUUAAAGGGGAUGUUCAAGGCACUAUCAAGUGUCUCAUGCAAAAAAAAGAGUACACCAAACCAAAACGCGUGUAUACUCACAAGAAAGCAAAGGCAUCUGUGAAAAAUCCUUUAAGUGUAAAUCAGGUGGAGCAUGAACGCUUACACGAGGCGAGGAGGGAGAGUGACUGUUCAGCUCCAGCUGUGAAGAACCUGACUCAGAUUGGUGAGUCACAGAAGCACACACAGCGGCUCAAUGAAAGUAAAUCAGUGAAAACGCAGGUGCUCACCCAAGAGGACCACUCUUCCACUGUAUCCAAAACAGACAAUACUUCUGGGUCCUCUCAACAGAUGAGCAUGAAAGACCAUAAACAGAAAGUGUUGCCCGCGCAGAAGACACAAUCCCCCAAGCCCAUUAUGAUAAAGAACAAACAAAUGACUAAUAAUGGGAGCUCAGAGACCAAAGCAGCUGGUGUGGACAUAGUGCAGGUUUUACACAACGCAUCUCAAAAAAACAUUUCACAGAAGCAAAUAUCUGAAGCAAAGACAACCAAACAGGUGCAGACUACAUUGAUGGAGAGAACAGUCACGCAGAAGCAGAGCGUGAUGAUGUCUGACGCGACGUCAGAGAAGCAGAAGGGCAGUAAAAUGCUCUCACAAAAAGAAAGCCAUAAAAAUCUGAAGAUCAAUCACCGUAAUCUUGAUAUGAUCGGAGGGAAAGGUUUGAUUAAAAAGGGUAAACCAGAAAUUCACUUCCCCCCUCCACCGUCAUCACCGCCGCCAUCUUCAGAGUCUGAGCUAUCCCUUCCUCCGCCGCCGUCGCCGGUACUGGAGUGUCCUGCUACCCUGUCAUCUACUAUUACGAGGCAGGACAGUGACCUCCCACCUCCUCCGUCUCCUGUGGUGUGCUCGAAGGCUGAGUCAGAGUUCUUUCCACCGCCACCUCCACCACCACCCCCAGUUCUUCCUGGCCAAGACUUUCUUCCUCCACCGCCAAUGAUGGAAGAGCUCAACACCACGCCUCAGCCAGCUACUGUUAAAUAUGGCAAACCCAUUGGAAAGCCUUUAUAUAAGGUACCCAAUCCCCUGGAACCCCAGAAGCCCAUACAAGUUAAACCCAAAUGGCAGAAAAAGGUGGCAUGUCCUCAGCCUCAGCCUGAGCCUCAAAACCCUCAUGGUACUCAGCGAUUGACAGCCGAAGCGAAAGCAGCUACCCAGGAACUUCAGAUAAAAACAUCCACAAAGAUUGAAGAAAAAAGACAAACACAAGCUGAAAUGGUUUCAGUGUCAGCCUCAGAGAUGCCAAAUAUACCACCGAUUAAACCUGUUCCAAAAGAAAGUCCACAACCACGUCGAAAAGUAUUCAUUCCGCCUAUCAAACUGCCUCCGACCCCAGAGCCUGCUUCGGAACCUAAGCCGAGGCCAUACGCCCGUAAAUUUAAAACCCCGCUCAUGCUUGCAGAAGAAAAAUAUCGUCAGCAGCGGAUGGAGAAAGAGGAUAUUGGGAAAAGUGGAGUUUCAACUCCCACCUCUCCGCCAGUUAAUAUGAAAGCACCUUCCCCUGUUCCCGCCUCAGGCGUUACGCUUGCACAGAACUUGGCGAAAGACGUGGCCAGAGAAGCAACAAUAGACAAUGCUGGUACAAAUAUUCUCAGGGAAGUUUCUGACACCUCAGUAAAGAAGACUCCUUCCCAAAUUCCCAAAAAGCCUUUGAUCUCCAACAUGAAUAAAAAAACUGGAUAUUCAAGCAUGUCCACGGAUCAAAGAAAUGACUUAAGCAAGGACAUUAAAAAGGCACCGGCAGAGGUCAUUAAGAAAACGCAAACAACCCCCGACAUCCAAAGACAAUCCGUUGGCGUAUCAUCACAUUGCGAGACGGCACGUGUUGAAGUCCAGUCACACUCUAAAGUGGUCACUUCCGUCACUCAUGAACAGUCGAUUAAAAAAUCCAGCACCAAGUCAAUCACAGCUUCACAGAGUGCUGUCCAGGAGAAUGUAAAUGCUCAGAGCCUGGCGGGGGCGCCGGCGAGAGCAGAAGAUGUGAAGAAUAUCAAUGAACGCCCCACACAAGAAGGGAAAGUGAUUCCAUCUCAACCCACAAAGAUUCCAAAGGUUACACCAAGCUUCAAGGUGAAAACAUUUAAAAUGCCACCAGCUAAAAAGGAGGAGGAUCACUUGAGUGAGAUGGAGGUUUUCAAAACUGAAAAGAAAAGCAGUCAGUCACAAAAAAGUGAAAUUAUCAGUCAGCAGAGGACGAUGAAGACUGAAGUGGUUUCUGAGAGAAAAGUAAGGGAGACCCAAAAGCUAGGUGCCACACCUGGGAUGGAAGCACGUUUAGAGAAACAAAAGAAUGAGAGUGAUGUUACACUUUCGCCUGCUGUUACUGUCUUAAUGCCGAAGGAAUUAAAGAAGAAAGCUCCUCCAGCUGAAGGCCACGCACUCCUCUCACACAGCAAACAGAGCGUGACGGAGGAGCGUGUUCAACAACACCAGGAGGCUGUGAUGAUGGCAAGUGUCGCGCAAGAGAGCCGUCAGGGGCAGCAGGUCGUUUCUCAGCAAAGUCACCUCAUGAAGCAACCAAAGGCGGAAACCCAUCAAAUUACCGGCAGCUCAAAAGAAGUGCGGGGCGUGCUGGUCAAGGAGAGCGGCAAAAUGACCCGUCAAAUUGAAAUGCGAUCUGAAGAAAAGACGCAUUUGGAGAAAAUUGAAGUCAUGCAAAGGCUCCUGACUCAAAUUAAAGAUCUAGUGGAGGCGCCAAGUAAAAUUGAUUCCCACACUGUUGGUCUCAUCAUCACGGGGCUUCCGUUAUGGUCGUUCAGCCUAGAGGAGAAAAACAACUUGAAUGAACUAGCUAAACAUCAAAAUAAGAAAAAGCUUAAAGACAUGCUGCAGUACGUGAGCAACAUUCUGCAGGCCAAGAUUUUGUUUUUAGAGGAAAGUAUUUCACAUGAGGUGAAUGAGGAGAAAAGAAAAGAGCCUCCCGCGGUGCCGCCGAAGCCUGACAAGACCGUCAGUGGGACAAAGAUAUCCAAAAUCAGCAUUGGCUCAUCAAAAACGGAGAAGAAGGUGUUUGAAGGGAAACGGAUUGUUCAUGAAAGUAAAUUGCAUCAGGAGACGGCAGAUCAGAGCGUCUGUUCUCCCUUGGCGAGCAUUCGCACUCCCUCGCCCACUUUCAUAAGUAUUGAAUCAAGGAGAAUAGAUUCCCCACUCGGAGCAACUCCUUCUCCUCCACCUUACAAGUCAGUGGGGACACCUCCACCUCCUCCCCGAAAGACCUACACACCCACAUUGAGCAGAGCCUCACCGUCUCCUACACUUUGCCGCUCUGAGAAGCUUAUGAAACUGAGGGAUACCACCUCAAAGCUCUCAGUCGGAAUAACUCCUCCACCUCACACGACGGUGCCGGAGUUUUUGGCUACUGAAAUAAGUCAAUCGUCUACUUGCGACAGAGAAACCCCUGAUCAAACUGAGCAAGGAUUAGUGGAUGUCACAGAAAUGGUGGACUCGAUGAUGACCGUGAGGGAUAAAAAGUCUUUCUUUGAGGAGGCUCAAAAGGCCGAAAUUAACCGGAAUUACAUUCGGAAGGAUCCGAUUGAAAUCCCGGAACGACUUGGACCUGAUGUGGACGAAGGAGCCGAGGCUGUGACUAUAGACCUCAUGAAAGAAGAUCUCCCCAGAGUGGACUUGUCCAAACUUGUCAACAGAUUUGAGUCCCCAAAACCAAAGGUGUAUCCGAGAAAAGAGCCAAUUGUUAUCAAAGAGCGACUCGGAAGUGACACAGAAGAUACCGAUGCUGAUCCGCACACUCCAAAAACGGAGGAAAUCCCGUCUUUCAACGUGAAAGCCAUUAAAGAUGUUUUUGAGACGGGACAGCACAGUUCCCAAGCUGCCAGAGAGCUCCGAGAACAAAUAGAAAGACGGGAACAAAACUCGGUCCACUCAGAGCCGUUCGGUCACUCUCAGGCGACCUCACUCACAGAGGGCUUCUCCUGCAUUGAUGACUUUGGAAACAUGACCAGAGAGAUGAGGAGUGAGAUGCAUUCUGAGAGCUCCUUUACCCGAGGUAACCCACCGUCCUACGCAGAAGUGGUGAGAGGUUCUGUUCCAACACUCGACAUGCUUCCAGAGGCCUCUGCCGAGGAGCUGCUGAGAAACUUUCAGCAGUCGUGGGCUGAAAGUCAAGCAGUGUUCCAGAACCUGGGCUUCAGUGUCACAGAGCAGCGGACCGCUCAGACUGUAACACAUCAACAGGAGACCGUCAGGACGGAAAAUUCGAGUUCCAGAGUCCGAACUGUGCAGGGUGUGUCGGAAGAGGGUGUACCCCAUGGAAUCGCUGAUCGCAGACAAACAAAACUUUCAUAAGAGCUGCUUUCGCUGCGAGCACUGCAGAGGCACGCUAAGUCUUGGCAACUACGCCGCUCUCCAUGGACGCAUGUACUGCAAACCCCACUAUAUGCAGCUGUUCGCAUCAAAGGGAAAUUAUGACGAGGGAUUUGGACAGAAGCCACACAAAGAUCUGUGGAACAAUAAGAGUUUGGUUAAAUCCCC